AUGCCCUGCGAAGAGGCCGAGGGGGACCUACGACGCCCUGCGAAGAGGCCGAGGGGGACCUACAACGCCCUGCGAAGAGGCCGAGGGGAGACCUACGACGCCCUGCUAAGAGGCCGAGGGGGACCUACACGACGCCCUGCUAAGAGGCCGAGGGGGACCUACAACGCCCUGCUAAGAGGCCGAGGGGGACCUACGACGCCCUGCGAAGAGGCUGAGGGGGACCUCCACGACGCCCUGCUAAGAGGCCGAGGGGACCUACAGGCCGAGGGGGACCUACGACGCCCUGCUAAGAGGCCGAGGGGGGACCUACGACGCCCUGCUAAGAGGGCCCAAGGGAGGACCUACGACGCCCUGCUAAGAGGCCGAGGGGGGACCUACGACGCCCUGCUAAGAGGCCGAGGGGGGACCUACGACGCCCUGCUAAGAGGCCGAGGGGGGACCUACGACGCCCUGCGAAGAGGCCGAGGGGGGACCUACGACGCCCUACUAAGAGAGGCCGAGGGGGACCUACGACGCCCUGCUAAGAGGCCGAGGGGGAACUACGACGUCCUGCAAGAGGCCGAGGGGGACCUCGACGCCCUGCUAAGAGGCCGAGGGGGGACCUACGACGCCCUGCUAAGAGGCCGAGGGGGGACCUACGACGCCCUGCUAAGAGGCCGAGGGGGGACCUACGACGCCCUGCUAAGAGAGGCCGAGGGGGACCUCGACGCCCUGCUAAGAGGCCGAGGGGGUACCUACGACACCCUGCGAAGAGGCCGAGGGGGACCUCGACACCCUGCUAAGAGGCCGAGGGGGGACCUACGACGCCCUGCGAAGAGGCCGAGGGGGACCUACGACGCCCCUGCUAAGAGGCCGAGGGGGACCUACGACGCCCUGCGAAGAGGCCGAGGGGGACCUGACGACGCCCUGCUAAGAGGCCGAGGGGGACCUACGAUGCCCUGCGAAGAGGCCGAGGGGGGACCUGACGCCCUGCUAAGAGGCCAAGGGGGACCUACGACGCCCUGCGAAGAGGCCGAGGGGGACCUACCUGACGCCCUGCUAAGAGGCCGAGGGGGACCUGACGCCCUACUAAGAGGCCGAGGGGGACCUACGACGCCCUACUAA